AUGCAAUAUAGAUUCAAUGCAUCGCAGAGCGCGGCGUCGGCGGGCAGCUCGCCCAUCACCAUCAGCUUCAAGAACGCGCGCGCCAGCCCCUCGCACGCGCCCGACCAGCCUCCAAACGCUGCGGCGGAGUCGCGCGUGCGGCGGCCGCACGCCGCCUUCACGGACGAAGACGAGGCGCCCGCGCACGCGCCGCCCGACCUCGCGCAUAAAGGCAAAGAGAAGAAAGAUAAAGACAAAGACAAGGACAAGGACAAGAGCAAGAAGGCGGCGGCGGCGGCGGAGAGCGACAAGGACAGCAAGAGCGCCGAGGAGAAGCGCAAGCACAUCAAGAGCCUCAUCGACAAGAUCCCCACGCAGAAGGAGCAGCUGUUCCAGUACAAGCUGGACGCCGCGCACAUCGACGCCGCGCUCAUGGACAAGAAGAUCCGGCCCUGGAUCAACAAGAAGAUCAUCGAAUACAUCGGCGAGCCUGAACCCACCCUCGUCGACUUCAUCUGCAGCAAGGUCCUGGCCGGCUCCGCGCCGCAGGGCAUCCUCGACGACGUGCAGAUGGUGCUGGACGAGGAGGCGGAGGUGUUCGUGGUGAAGAUGUGGCGGCUGCUGAUCUACGAGCUGGAGGCCAAGCGCGCCGGCCUGCACAAGUGACCCGGCUCGCCGCCCGCUCCGCAGCCUGAGGCCCCCGGGGUGCCCCCGCCGGAGCCCGAGGCCCCCGCGGCGGGGCUGCGGUGGGCCCCGGUGCCCCCGCUGCUGUGCUGCCCGCUGGCGCGUCCGGGCCUGCCCCCGGGCGCGUUGUCUCGUCCGCGCACGAGUCCACACGCGCGCGCUAUCACCAAGUUCGGCUGCUUCUGCAUCUGACCCGGAGCCGCCUGUCCCGUCGUUAUGUUUCCGUCUUCCAAAUAAUUUACUCGCGUAUCGGUCUAUUGUCUCCGUUGUUUUGUUCCGCUUCGCUUUAGGCCCGGUUUUUUGAUUCGCAAUUAAAAUAACCGAUGGUCAAAUUUGACAGAUGUCAAAUGACAAGUGAUUAAAUAUAUCAGAAAAAAAUGUUUUUCGAACAACGGUUAGCUUGACUUUUAGUACGUUUUUUAACUAUUAGUUAACAUUUUGUUAAUAUUUAACCAUUAGUAGCAAAAUUUAACAAUUUGUUAUUUUAACUAUGAAUCAAAAAACUGGCCCUUACUGAACUUGAGUUUCUGCCGGUCGAUUCGCCGAGUUUCUCCCGAGGAUUCCUCGUGAGAAAAUUUCGGACCUUGAGUCGAUAAUAAACGUCAGUCGAUAUUGACGCUCGGGCUUAUUAGUCACCGACCCGAGCUCCCCCGAUGAUUUCGUUUCCGUGUUUAUCGUCUUGCUAGUGGAUCCACAUCUGACACGCGAGACCCUCCCUGUCAAACCCCGAUUUACUCCGAUCUUUGACUCCUCACCGAUAGGGUCGGGAAAGUUUCAAAUGUUUAAAUAAAAUAUUAAUCGCAUGAUAAUAAACUAAAUGGCAGCGUAUAGCCGGAAAUAUAUAAUCAGUGUAGUAGUAGUAACUAUAAGUCACUUUUAUCAAUAAAAUCGUGUAUACCAUAAAGAAAAAUUGAUUGUACGGGCGUUAGCAUUCAAUGUGGCGACACUUCGUGUGAACUAUCAUUAAUUUAAUGAUGUACGAGUAUGUGUUGAUUUGUUCUCGGAAACGGCUUGUUCUGCGAGAUUGAGAUUUAUAUAAUACCUAGUUUGCGAAUAAUUUGAAUGUUGAUUGUUUUAAAAUUCGGCUUGUUAAAAUAAUUUGACACUGUGUACUAAAUGUAAUAAGUAUCUGAUAUAUUUUUAUGUAUACUUGGUAUUGGUAUUGCUCAAGACGUUCAUUUGUACAAAAGUACAUCGUCUUCUGACGUGUACAUAGGUUUCUUUUUUUACGCUUAUGUGAUAGGCUAAUACUUGUCCAGACGUUGACUCUUAGAAAAA